AUGGGAAGGAGCUGGCCGGGCCCAGCGUUCUGUCGGUGGCGGCUGCUGCCUGCUCUGGAGGCAGGCUGUGCGGUGGCCGCCGAGGCUGGCAGGGGCGGACGCCAGGGCCGGGCUGUGCCGGCUUCUCCCAGCUGUGAAUUCCUUUGAACAAUUGAUGAUAUUUAUCAUUGUGCCCAGUUUCUACAAAUAAAAGAUGGGUGGAUUAUUUUCUCGAUGGAGGGUAAAACAAAACCUUCAACUGUAGAAGUUCUAGAAAGUAUAGAUAAGGAAAUUCAAGCUUUGGAAGAAUUUAGGGAAAAAAAUCAGAGAUUACAAAAAUUAUGGGUUGGAAGAUUAAUUCUGUAUUCUUCAGUUCUCUAUCUGUUUACAUGCUUAAUUGUAUACUUGUGGUAUCUUCCUGAUGAAUUUACAGCAAGACUUGCCAUGACACUCCCGUUUUUUGCUUUUCCAUUGAUCAUCUGGAGCAUAAGAACAGUACUUAUUUUCUUCUUUUCCAAGAGAACAGAAAGAAAUAAUGAAGCAUUGGAUGAUUUAAAAUCCCAGAAGAAAAAAAUACUUGAAGAAGUCAUGGAAAAAGAAACUUAUAAAACGGCUAAAUUAAUUCUUGAAAGGUUUGAUCCAGACUCAAAGAAAGCAAAGGAGUUUGAGCCGCCAUCUGCUGGAGCAGCUGUAACUGCAAGACCUGGACAAGAGAUUCGUCAGCGAACUGCAGCUCAAAGAAACCUUUCUCCAACACCAGCAAGCCCUAACCAGGGCCCUCCUCCACAAGUUCCAGUAUCUCCUGGACCACCAAAGGACACUUCAGCCCCUGGUGGACCCCCAGAAAGGACUGUUACUCCAGCUCUACCGUCAAAUCUGUUACCAAGACAUCUUGGAUCCCCUGCUACUUCAGUGCCUGGAAUGGGUCUUCAUCCUCCAGGUCCACCUUUAGCAAGACCCAUUCUCCCCCGAGAACGAGGUGCUCUGGAUAGAAUUGUUGAAUAUUUAGUUGGUGAUGGUCCACAGAACAGGUAUGCCCUUAUAUGUCAGCAGUGUUUUUCUCAUAAUGGCAUGGCUUUGAAGGAGGAAUUUGAAUAUAUUGCUUUUCGAUGUGCCUACUGUUUUUUCUUGAAUCCUGCAAGAAAAACCAGACCCCAGGCUCCAAGACUUCCAGAGUUCAGUUUUGAGAAGAGGCAGGCAUUGGAAGGCUCAAGUUCAGUUGGUCCCUUGCCAUCAGGAAGUAUGCUUUCAUCAGAGAACCAAUUUAAUGAAGAAUCUGUAGAAGAACAAGAUGUUCUUGAUAAUAGUACAGAGCAGACAGAUGACAAAAUAUCAGCCGCAGAGCAGACAAACCAAGUGAUUGAAAAAGCAUCUGGCUCAGAGGAACCAGAGGAGAAACAAGAAGAGACCGAGAAUGAGGAAACCUCAAUGAAUGAAGCCAAAUCAACAGUUUCCAGAGAUGACUCUAUUCCUAAUUCUGAACCAAGUGAAGAAUCUUUGAUGGCAAAGUAGUAAAUGCUUCCAUGUGCCUUCAACCAGAUAUUUAUAGUCUUGUUGAUGUCCGUUAUUGCUUUUUAAGUGGUACUCUUUUUUUUUUCUGCCCCUCUAAGAAUAUACUUGGUAUCAUUUGAAUUCAGGUUGCCUAGCUAUUUAAACAUGUCAAAGUUACAUCUACUGGGUAUUAAAAUUAAAAGCAAGUGAUAUCAGUGAA